AUGGCGGCGGGGGCGGCUCAGGGCGUCCAGCGCAACGGGGCCUUGGGACACAAAACCUUGGCGUUGGCACCGGCGGGGCCGGGCUCCCGCACAGACCCGGGCCCAGAGCCUCGCAGCGCCAAGCGCCGGCAUGACAGAGCCCCGCGCCCCGGGGCGUCGCCAGGGAGGCAGAAGUGCGCCGCCUAUGUGCUGGCGCUGCGGCCCUGGAGCUUCAGCGCCUCGCUGACGCCCGUGGCGCUGGGCAGCGCCCUCGCUUACCGCGCCCAGGCCGCCCUGGACCCCGCGCGCCUGGUGGGUAGCGCCGGCGCCGUGCUGGCCGUGCACGGGGCCGGCAACCUGGUGAACACCUACUACGACUUCUCCAAGGGCAUCGACCACAAGAAGAGCGACGACCGCACGCUGGUGGACCAGCUCCUGGAGCCGCGGGACGUGGUGCGCUUCGGCGUCGUCCUCUACACCCUGGGCUGUGUCUGCGCUGCCGGCCUCUACUUCUUGUCCCCGCUGCGGCUGGAGCACCUGGCCCUCAUCUACUUCGGCGGGCUCUCCAGCUCCUUCCUCUACACCGGCGGAAUUGGAUUUAAAUACGUUGCUCUUGGAGACUUGGUGAUCCUCAUCACCUUUGGGCCCCUGGCAGUCAUGUUUGCUCAUGCUGUGCAGGUUGGUUACCUAUCUGUCUCGCCAUUGCUCUAUGCUAUCCCACUAGCUCUCAGCACUGAAGCGAUCCUGCACAGCAACAACACGCGGGACAUGGAGUCUGACCGACAGGCGGGCAUUGUCACCCUGGCCAUCCUCAUUGGCCCCACGUUCUCCUACAUGCUCUACAGCAUCCUCCUCUUCCUUCCCUAUUUGAUCUUCUGCGUUUUGGCCACACGCUACACCAUCAGCAUGGCAUUGCCACUACUCACCAUUCCCAUGGCAUUCUCUCUGGAGAGGCAAUUUCGGAGCCAGAACUUCAACAAAAUUCCCCAGCGGACAGCCAAGCUGAACCUCCUGCUUGGGCUCUUCUACGUUUUUGGCAUCGUGCUGGCCCCAGCAGGCACGCUGCCCAAACUGUAGCAGUGUGGGAUGCUGCAGAAACAGGCCCUGUGACUCAGUAUUAAUGCCAGAGUCCACAGUGCCACGUGACAGGUUUGUUAUGGAUGCAUAUGGCAUGAUGACUUUUUCAAGCCAACGAUUGUAUCGAAGGGGAGGAGAGUAAUGCAGCACUUUCUGUAGUGAAAGCAGCUGCCAGAUGCUUCUGUUAUGCCUAUGUCACUGCCACACACCUGCUCCUGCUUAUCCCCCUCAGUGAUAAGCUUUCAUCUUCUUCACCUAAUAUUCAUGUUUUUUUCUCAUGCCAAAUCCCUGAGCUUCCCCUCCCCAGCCCUAUGGUUAUAUGACAUGGAGUGUGGGCUGUCUAUCCAAAUUGAUAGCCGAUGGGAGCCAUUGUGUUCUGGAGCUUUCCUCUACUAGCUUUCCUGCCUAGGAAUAUCCAUGGUACCCACCACUGUAGCACAGAGGUACUGAAAUGGAACACAACUCCAUUGUUGCACUGAGCUUUUAGCCAAAAGCAAUGAACUUUUUAUCUCCUUUUGCAGAACUAGAAGCUGGGGUUGCAAAUCCAGAGCUCCCAGCCCUGGCUAGAUUGGAAAGUUAUGUUCCUUGCCAUUAUGCUUGCCCCGCGCUCCAAACUCAGUGUGCCCAGGUGAAAGGAUUGUGAUAUUAAAGGUGUCAGACAAGGUGGUAAAAGUGGAGAGGCAGCUGGAUAUUGAUGAGCAGACUUGCAAGCUGACCUAACUUAACUAAGUCUCUAGUAGCAAAAUAUUUCCUAGCUGUCAUUCUUUGAAUCUGUUGUUUAAGGCCCCAGAAUAUUGCACUAAUCCUAUUGUAUUGGGGCAAUGAAGAAGAAAGGUGGGGCCUUAUCAGGAAGGAGUCUAAAUAAUUUCCAUGCCCUUGCCCUGAAACUUGGGAAUGAGAGACGGAUUUAUAUUCUUGCUGAUCAGGGUUUCAGUCAAAAUCCUGCUUAUGUGAUGUGUUGGUCAGCUCUGAAGUUCCAGUCCCUCUUCUUCCCUCCUGUGAAGAUGUGCUCAGUGGUGUUGUUUUUUCCUCUGUCUUGCAGGUCCUGCCACUCAACAGCUAACAGCCCUCUGUCCAGAAGCAGUUCUUGACUCCACAGCAUUGUGAAAAAUGCACAGGGCCAAACACAGCUGUGGAGAAAUGCCACUGAUUUCAGUGGAGUCCCAGGAGGGCAUGAAUUUGACCCAAAUGAUUCAUAUUUUCAGUGGCCACUAAAUCCUUUUCUGUACUGGGGAGGAACCAUUGGGUGUCUGUUUUUAAAAGGGAGCAUCUAGGACUGCUGGCGAUGCUGAAGUUGGAUUGAUGUGGACGUGGAUAUUGCACUGGAGCAUUUGGUGCACAGAACACAAUUUGUCCUUGAGCCAAAGGGCAGUAUGCUAACUUCAGAGCCAAAAAGUCCAUUAGGGAUUGCAGUAUUGUUCCAGAUCUACCCUGGGUGUGUCAAUUCCUCACUUUAAUCCCCUAAGAACAAUGGGUGCUGCAUGUAUUGAAGAUGUAAUGGUAUGGCUGAAGUGGAGCUACCCAAGGAGAUGUGAGCUCUCUGAUCUCGAAGUCUAUUCACGUGGCUUUUAAUGAUGUGGCUGCUGACUGUUUGCUUUGCUUUUGGGCUCUGUGAUUUUAAUCAAAAUGAGUCUCAGCAGGCAGAUGACAGUUCUCAUCAGCUCUGGGUCACUUCUGAUUAAAAUUGGGCAAUGUCUUGACCAGAUCUUAUCUAUAGGCUGCCCAGGAAAAACAAGAAAGCAGAACAGACUUGAGUGAUCUGUGUGCUACUUUUAACAGCAGAGAACAUUGCUUAGGCUAGAAACACAUUCAGAAGAUGAGACCAAAUUGAG